AUGAAGUUGAACCCCCUCAAAUGCACUUUCGAGGUGGCUUCGGGUCAGUUUUUGGGAUACAUUGUGAACCAAAGGGGAAUCGAAGUAAAUCCGAUAAAGAUUAGGGCCUUACUGGAAAUGAGGUCACCUCAGAAGCCGAAGGAGACCGGUGAGUGCGAUGAAGCCUUUCAAGCGCUGAAGAAGCACUUAGAAGAGGCGCCUCUAUUAUCCAAACCUGAACCACGAGAAUCACUACUACUAUACUUGGCGGUCUCGGACAAGGCGGUCAGCGCAGUCCUAGUCAGAGAAGAAAACGAGCACCAAUUGCCAGUAUACUACAUUAGCAAAGCAUUACUCCUAGCAGAAACACGCUACCCGGAUAUGGAAAAACUGGCAAUCGCCCUUAUCACGGCAUCAAGGAAAUUAAGGCCACACUUUCAGGCCCAUUCAAUUGAAGUUCUCACCAACUUUCCAUUAAAACAUGCCAUCAAGGGCCAAGCCCUUGCAGAUUUUGUGGCUGAAUUUUCCAAAGCCUUAGAAAUGGAGGUGACAAUGGAACCAACCGAGCCCCCAACAUGGAACCUGUUCGUGGAUGGAUCCUCGGGAGAAACUAGCUCCGGAGUAGGGAUCAUCUUGGAAAGCCCAGAGGGCCACAAGCUAAAUUGCGCGGUAAGGUUCGGGUUCAAAGCCUCGAAGAGCACUACCGAAUAUGAGGCCCUUCUAGUAGGCCUUAGACUCGAGAAAAAAAUGCAGGUCAGAAGGCUCCUGGCAAGCAUCGACUCUCAACUUGUGGUGAGUCAGGUCAACGGGAACAUUGCGGCCAAAGACAACGCGCUAUCAAAGUUGGCCUGCAGCAAAGAUUCAGAGCUACUAAAGAUUGUCCCCAUUGAAUGCUUGUCGAAGCACUCCAUCUCCGGAAGUGAAGAGUUCUUAUGGAUAGAAAGUACCCCAUUAUGGAUGCAACCCAUCAUGACCUAUCUUAAAGAUCAAUCACUACCAGCUUCAAGAAGCGAGGCGAGAAAGUUAAGAAGAAAGGCUGCACACUUCGUCCUACAAGAGGAUGUCCUCUACAAAAGAGGCUUUGCCUCACCACUUCUCCGAUGUGUAGGAGGGGAAGAAGCCACGUAUAUACUCAGGGAGAUCCACGAGGAAAUCUGCGGAAAUCACUCCGGAGGAAUGGCUUUGGCACACAAAGUACUCUGA